AUUUUCCUUUCCUCUUCAUCACUUAGUUCUUUAUUUUUUGCUAAACCAAAUCAUAAUAAAUUGCAAAAUAUAAGUCUUUCCCCAAACUGAAAAUUGAAGCUUGAGAAACCAGGAAUGGAAUCAGAACUGACUGUAAUAAAGUUAAAGCCAAUAGAAGCAACCCCAGAAAGCUUCAAAGAAUUCGGACAAGUCAUUGAAGCAUCCCCAGACGGAGAAGAAUUCGGUCCGACUGAUGCUCAGCUAGACCUUUCCAAAGGAAUUCCCAGGUUUUACAUCAUGAACCUUCAGAACCGGCCGCUCAAGUUUUCAACGAUUACGCAUCAUGCCAGUGUGACACAAUGCCUUGGAUCUAUAGGGGGUCAUGUUUGGUAUCUCGGAAUUGCUAAGCCUUCCUUGGUGGACUCGGAAGAAGUUAAGAAUGAGAAAGGGAAGAUAGCGGUGCAGUCUCGUUGUGGUCAUUUCUACGUGCCUCCGGCCAUUGACAAUGUUCAUGUUUUUAGAAUUGCAGGUCCUAAGUUUAUCAAACUUAAUCGUGGAACAUGGCACGCCGGGCCUUUGUUUAAAGCCGAUGCUAUGGACUUCUACAACUUAGAGCUAAGCAAUACCAAUGUGGUGGAUCAUACAACACAUGUGUUCAAGAAGGAAAACGGAGUCAUCUUUUCAAUUGAUGAGUAGCGUUGUUCAUCCGAUGCCGAAGAUGUUGAGAGAUGUGAUUUUGGAGAGUGAAAACUUUCCAACACUAUCAAAUAUGUUGAUUUUGCGUUUUAGUUUUUCAUACCUGAUGUUAUAAUGUGAUGUAUCUACAUGAUGAAACGAUUAAAAAAAAAUAUUGGAGCUUAAAGUUUAAGUCUAUAAAAAUUUCGAUUUAAUUAUA